AUGAUUGGUCAGACAGUCGGAGGAGCAAAACUGUGUUUACUGAGCUGAACAAAUACAGGUGUUAGAGUCUGUCUGACCGAAGAACAGGGUCUGAACUGAGCAUGCUCAUGUUUCAGGUGAGUGAGUGAGUGAGUGAGUGAGUGAGUGAGUGAGUGAGUGAGUGCAUAAAAACAAUCUGUCCAUCUUCUGUUUACUAACAUGGUGAGUUCUUCUCUUAAGUAUUUGCUUUAUUUAUAAAACCAAACUGCUUUAUAUUAAAGCUUAUAUUAACACAGUAGUGAUUAUAUUAAUACCUGUAUUGAUCAUAUUGAUUCUUUAAAGAGUUGGUUUGUGUUAUAGAUGUGUGGUUAUAACAGUGGACCUCAUUAUCAGACCCAGAAUCAGUUUUUUAAACAGCUCACUUCACUUAAACAUGUUAAAUCAAAGUAUUUUAUUGAUUAUGACUUUAUUAAAGCCUCUAUGACAAAAUGUUAUUGAUUAUAUUGAUGAUUAUUUCCUCUUAUAUUUCCCCUGUAGAUCUUCAGAAGUCAUAUUAUUGAUUAUAUUGCUGAUUACUGUAUCUCCCCUGUUAUUAAUUGUAUUGAUUUUUACUGUAUCCCCCUGUUGUUGUUGUUGAUGGUUGAUCAUGUCUUACCUCUGUAGUACAUGUUGAAGGCGCCGCUCCUCAGACAGGUGAACACACCUUCGGUUUUCUUGCUCAGGUAUUCGAAGCUGCUGCUCACCUCCUGGUCCACCGUGAACCUGCGGACCUCCUUCACCGCCUCGUCCUUCCCUAACAGGUAAGCCUUCACCGUCACCGACAUGUUGUUCCUAACAGCGGGUCUCUGCAGAUCUCUAAGCCGAACACAGCGCACCGAACUCCGGACAGAAAACUCCGAACUUUGUGACGCAGCUCCAAAUCUUCAGCCUCUUUAUGUUUACUUCCGCGGUUCACGUCACCGCCGUCUACAGAGGCUGUUACCGGCGCGGUCUCUCAUUGGUCCGCUGACGAUGUCCCGCCCAGGUGAGUCAGCGCUUUCCAAUGAGGGGAUUUUUCCUCCGAGUCACAUGACUAUCAGGUAAAACCGGAAUAAAGUUCGUCUAAAGCUCCAAAUCCAGCUGUGUCAUCAUGAUGGAGGAAUAAUAAACUUUAUUUUCAUAUUUUGAAUCCUCUUUUACGGUCACAUGACUUUAUUAGCUGGUAUUUCACCAGGUUCAACCAUUUAAUGAUUAAAUUUGACCUGUUAAUUAAAUUAAUUAAACAACAUGUCAACAAUCUGUUUACAAAAACACAACAGACACUAAAGGUCAAAACUGAUGAAUCUAAAUUAGUUUAAAAGCUUUUAAAACAGGAUAUUAAUGAGAGGUUUUAAGGUCUGCACGCUGCACAGAGAAUAUUUAUAAAUCCAUAAUAUUGAUAAGAAACUGAUCAGAUUAUUGACCCAAAUUUAAAAAAAAAUAAGUUUAUAAAAUUAGAAGAAUUAAGUUGUUUUUCUAAAGGAUUCUUCAUCCUGGUGACCUAGUUCACAACAAUAAUCUGAUUAUUGACUAAAAUUGUGACUUAAUUCUAAAACAGUAAAUGACCUAAUUCUUAAAACAAUAUGAUUUUAUUCUUGCAGCACUAAAACUUUAACAUGUUUUUACUCUUAACAUCACAACUUCACAUGAGACUUUAUAACCUUUUUAAUAUUCAUGAAAUAUUACGACUUUAGUUUUUUACACACACAUUUAUUCUUGUAUUCAUGUAAUAAUAACGUUUAUUUAUAUGUUUAUGUCUAUGUAAUGAGUUUUUAUUUGUAAUGACUCCCUCUCUACCUUUAGCAGUGGACUCAAACUUCCCUCUGAUGAAGUUCGUAGUUAAAGUUUUAUUAAAGAGUGAAGUCAGACAAUGGUUUUGGUAAACUCUGAUCAUUUUCCGUUGACCGUUUCACUCAUCCUGUUUUAACCUCAUUUCAUCAAAUCACUUUUUCAUUCAAAGGCAAAAGUUUUGGACCUGGAUCGGUGUGUUUUCUUUUCUUUUUUGGAAAAAUAAGUCACUUUUUGAAAACUCAAACUGGACAGAUAACUGAACGAGUCACAGAUGCAAGCGAACUUAAACCUUAGCGGCCUUUUUGUUGAAGGGAAGCAGUCACUACAACUCUGAAUCAUCAUGUCACUGAGCUCCAUCAUCCUGUAGGCUCAUCUGGAUCACUGCUGCAGACGUCCUGCUGACAUGGACCUGUCUGCUCUCUCUCUCUCUCAGUCUCAGCAGAUGACCGUCUAACUUCAGUCUGGUUCUGCUCGAGGUUUCUGCCUGUUAGAGGAAGUUCUUCCUCUCCACUGUAACUCUCUAAAUGUUGUAAAGUGAUUUUUCACUCCUGUGGUUGAAGUCGGUCUGAUUUUAGAGGAAGUGGUCUUGGUCUGAUCCUGUCUCUACAUUGGGUCUUUGGUCUAGACCAGCCUUUCUGUUGUGAAUUGGUUGUAUGAUCCAUUUUAUCUCUAUUAUUUUUGGGGUUUUGUUUUGUUUCUCAUGCAACCAUCACAAAAGGGACUCAGGUGAAGUAGUGAUCUGGGGAACAGGAAGAGCUCACGGUUUUUACUGCUAAUCUCCGACACCACUCUCACCCUCAUCACGAACAUCACCAUCGUCUUACCUUAAACAUAUUUGUCUUUUUUUUGUUUGUUUUUCAUUGAAUCAAUAAAUAACAAAAUAUAACUCAACAACAACCUUGGACUGAAUAUUGGAUUGUUCUAGAAGCGCCUCAGAAACACCUCACUCCUUCACUCAGUGACUUAAAUUCAGGUCAGCGUAGUCACUCCAUUGGUGCUGUGUAAAUAAAGAUUGGUUGACAUAUCUUUUAUUUUAAUAUAUUCAAAUAAAUCACUUGUUUUUGCACAGUAAAAACGUUUCCAUAACUUCAUUCUUGUGACGUAACUCUUUUUGUGUCACACGAUCGACUCUUAACAGACUUUCCUUCUCAAAUACUUUAUUCCCUUUUAUUUCAAUUUAUUUCUUUCAGAACCUCGACAUUACAUUUCAAACUUGUCAUGUUGACUGAUAACCUUUAACAUGACUUCUCUGAAUCAUAAUUGCUUCUCUAAUAUAACACAUUUACACAUAACAUUCAUAUAAAGUAUUAAACAUGAAUCACUCUGAGGUUAAUCUGAUUUUAUUCCCACCUUUAAACCAUCACUGAUUUGUUUUUUCUACUUUCAUGAACUCAUUUUUCUUCUAGAAGUUUUUAAAGAGUGACCUGAUCCCGAGGCUCAGCCAAUCAGCAGCAGAGACUGUGUCAUGUGACUAUGAGUCAUCAGUCCUGUGACCAAAUGGAGGGUGAGUCAGAGUCACAGGAUGAACACAAACAAACCGUUUUCAGGUCAGAGAGGCUGGAUCGACACGAACGCCGCCUCCAAGAGGAACGCAGCAGCUGAGGAGAACCGGACUGAGAACCGGACUGAGAACCUCUCAGACCGGGUCAGUUUGAGCUCCUCUCAGUGAAAAUCACACCAUCAGACCCAACUGCUGUUUAAGAGAUGAACUUUUAAUUUUCUAAAAAUACAACAAAAAAACUUUUUUCAAAGUUGAACAGAUUUUUAAUUUCUAUUUUUCACACUCAAAGAAAAUCAAGAUCACAGAGACGAACAGAAACAAACCCAGAAAUGAAGCGAUCAUAUACAUCCAUCCCUUCUGACCAAUCAUCAAUCACCGACUAAUGACUCGUCAAUACUUUAUCAAUAUGCCUUUAAAAAGCUUGGUUCCAGCAGCAGUGUAUGGUGACGUCACGAUGAUGUCAGAUGUAGAGUGGGUGGUACUGGCGGUGUGUCAGUCUCUUCCUGCAGGUGGGACAGGUGUGUGACGAAGAGAGAGCGUCUCUGAGACACUGACUGCAGAACACGUGACCGCACUUAGUGGAAACAACCAAUCGGCCGCUCUCUACGAUCUGUAAGGAAACAGCAGCCAAUCAGAAUGCAGUGUGUCAGGGCAGAGCUAUAUAACAGGUGUGUUACAGGUGUGUUUGAGUCUGACCUCAGAGUACGCAUCCAGACAAACAGGACAGCUGAUAGUUCCUGGAGUUGACCUGAAACACCCAGAAGACAUGAAGUAGGGAUCAGUCUAUUACCUGGUCUACAUUUAACGGUCUCAUCAACUAUCAUCUGACUCUUUGAAAACAUCAGAAUCUAGAUUGAAAAUGAAAAUGAAACACAAAAACAUGUUAAAACUGGAAGGUUUUAUUAUUCCUGAAAAAGUUCUGCUCAUUUUCGAUUUGAUGUCAGCUUCAUGUUUCGAAGUAGUUCUUAGAGGAAAAACCAAACAGGUCAAAAGUUUUAAAUUUUAUAAAAACAUCUGGAGGAACGUCUCCAACUAAUGAGGUGAAUGUCCAACAGGUUAGUCACAUGACUGAGUCUAACCUACAACUUCCACCUUCAUCCUGAUCGUCUACUAAAAGGUUGUAUCCUCCUCCAGACGCAAAAUAAAACAUCCGGCUUCUUUUCAAAAUAAAACACUCUGUGUUUCAGGAGGAUCGUAUUUCACACCAUGAAAAUCUAGAAGUAGAUUUCCUCCUCUGGAAGGACACAAUCUACUGCUUAUAUAUCUAUGUGUCUGUCUUUAUAGAGACAACUUGUUAUCGUGUGAUUGAACGUGAAUCUGCGGGUUCUUGUGAGUCGUUGUGGUUCCUGCUCUCCGAAAUUCACUACGAAAUUUGCCUCACCAAAGGACGGCAAAAUUCGCCGCUGAUCCGAAUGCAGUGGAAAUUGGGGGGAGAGACGGACAUUUAGAGAGGCAGAGUCUCUCAGUAUGAUCAACGUCUAAUUUUCAUUUUGGAAAUCCUGGACUCUGGAUCCUACCAGUCCAAAUCCAGCAUCCCUGAUGGUCUGGGGAUCAUCAGAGUCCAUGUCAUCUGUGAAGGCUCCAGUAAUGCUGAACUAUAUCUACAAGAGUAACAGGACUCUGUAGUUGGAGUCACCACAUGGGCUUAAUAUCACUGAACUGUCCUGAGGUCUGAUGGAUCUAAAUCUAACACUCUCGUCUCAAGUAAGUCCAGUUGUCCUUUCAACGAAGAAGAAGAAAUCCAAUAUCUCCAGGUUUAGGAGGAACAUCUACGUCCAUCCACCCUGGACUGUGGAGCAGCUGAAAUCCUCUAUCAGGGACAACAUUAGACUGUCAGACUCCAGAACCUCACCUGGAGGCACUGUUGUGUAGAGAGGAUGUUACGGCGGCUUUAAAGACAGGAGGCGUGUCCUCCUCUUCAUCACUGCUGACCACGUAACUCUCCGCCGUGGUGACUCUCCUGCUCUGAGGACCUGAUUGAGGAGACCCCGUCCUUUAAUAAAACUGUGCGAAGAUUUUUAAAAACUCAAAGUGAAGACAGAAAAGUUUACCUUCAUCCAUCAGCUGGUCGGAGAGAGAGAGUGAGAGAAGAAGGAGAGAGAAAAAGAAGGAGUUCAGUCACAAAAACACUAAUACUGUAAGUGUGUAGUUUUGUGUGUAGUUUGUGUAGAAGUAUUUGAAGACCCAUAGGUACCAGUACUGAAUCACUGUGGGUCAGGUCCACCACAGUCCCCUCUGAUCCCUCACAGGUCAGAUCCACCACCUCCUCCACUCCUGAAUAAAGACACAGAGUUUAACCGAUCUGAUCAGACCUGAUCAUCGAUCCCAGAGCGUUGAUCCUCCUGUACUCACCGUCUUCAGUGUUGUCCAUCACGUCAAUGGUCUCUGUGGGGGGGACGGGGUCAUCUCCAGAUGUUCUGCUAAUAUUAGCCGCCCUGUUAGCCAAACUGCUACCCGACCUGACGGCUGCUCUGCUCGCGUUAACAGCUCUGUUAGUGUUGGUCGCCCUCCUGGCGUUCGCUCCUCUGCUGGUCUUGGUGCUGGGUCCAGACACCAGGGGACUUCCUGUGGUCCUCCUCUUCCUCUGAGCCUGAGCACAAAAACACAGUCAUGACAUCGCAGCAAUGGGCGGGGCUUCAGCUACCUGCACAGGUUGGCAGAGGCAUGUCUAUACAUCUAAAGAGGGUGAUGAGGUGAACCAGUGAAUAUUAAAACAUUAAUAAUCGAUAAUCAGUGAUGAAUAAACCAACGAGUAAUGGUUUCAGUGAGUCAUGUUUAUCUAAUUCUUCACUGAAAUGAAGAUUUGGAUUAUAUAGAAAACAUGGUGGUGUGACAGGGCAGACUCUGGAGCGAGGACCUGCUCUUUUCUAACGUAAAGAAGCUUCUCUAAGUCGUCAGAAAUGAAACUAUUUUGACUUUUCAAUCCAUUUAACCUGAUCUAAAAAAAAGCCUCUGUAUUGACAUUUAAUUUCUUCAACUAAAAUCUACAGAAUGUAGGGGAGAAUGUAGGGGGAGGAGGUAGUAGGGAUACGGCUCAACUUACCCCGCUCUUAUGGUCAACCUACCCCAUGUAUGGGGUAGGUUGACCAUACUAUAUUAUGAAGAUUACAGUUCUUUUUACAUUCAUUAUGUUGGUUUAGAGGGAUGAACGACAUCCUGAAAUAUCUGCAGAUACACGAGUUAGAGACAAAACUAGGAUUGACUUGAUGGACUGAUCCCAAAUAUGAAACAUGGAUCAUCUUACCCCACUCUGCCCUAUCUUUAAAUCUAUCACAGCCUAUCAGAGUCUACAGAUCAGAAACAAGGAUUAGAGUCUGAACACUUACAGAGCUGCUCAUAUCAGAGACACUGAAGACCUGCAGAGACACAGAGAGAAAACCAGAGUGAAGGUCCAUGAAUCAUUCAUCCAGGUCCUGGUGUUCCAGGAAAUCCAGCUUCUGUUUUAGAAGAAUCCCCGGAAAAAAACAGAGCGAACCAGACCACAUCAGACCACAUCAGUCCAUAAAGGGCCCGACCGAUUUAUCGGCGAGCCUGAAAAACGCUUUUCUGGUCCGAGUUUAACAGUCGGUCUUCCUGUCGGCGUGAAGAGCAGUUUUUAUAACUUUAUGGAAAAAUUACAAAAUCGGCCGAUUAAUCGAUAAUCGGAUUUUUUUCUUCUCUUAUAAUCGGUAUCGGCCCCCAAAAAAUCCAUAUCGGUCGGGCCCUACAUCAGUCCACAUCUGUCAACAUCAGCCCUCAGUGGGACUCUCAGGACUCUUUAUUUUACCUAUUAGCCUAUCUUUAAUCAGUGGUUUUAUGAGACUAGAACCUGAAAACACAGUAAAAACCAGAUCCUGAGGUCCUCUUGGGUUUUCCAUGUAGUCCUAGUCAGACUAAAUAAAUGCAGAUGUGGUGUCUCUCUUUAUAAAUCCUGAUGUUGACCAGGUUUUCAUGUUAGCUGUCUGUCUGAAUGAACGGUUAGCUUGUUAGCUAACAGGUGUUCUGGUUGAAAUGGUGACCGUGUUAACUGGAGAUUAUCAGCCGCUGACUGUUGUUCUGUUUCUGUCUGUAUAAACCCUCAAACAUCUCUUAGUUUUAACUCUUACAGAACAUUCUAGAGUGUAUAUUUUCAGGUUAUGAUAGUGUCGUUUGUUUGGACUCCGUGUUUAAAUAACUGCUACAAAAUCCACGAUAACCGCCUUUACUCACCCUCAGGGCUGUUCAGCUGUUAGCCGUUCGUACAGGGCAGCGGGUGUUUUUCUCCUCCAAAUAUAAAAAAACAAGAAACACCAACAAACUGAGACAAACUACAACAAUUGUUUCACCAAACAGCUGAUGCUAAUGCUAACACAGGCUUUCAAAAAAAACAUUCUUCUUCUUCUUCCGGAGCGGAAACUGGAUACCGGGGUUCAUAGUGUUUGCUGCCCCCUGCUGACAGUGCGGCAGAUAAAUGAGAAUACUGACGCCUAACAGAGGAAGGAGGAGGAAUAACAGGAGAGUUCAUAUAUGAGGAAUGAGUAUAGAUGUUAUAUAAUGCUGAUAUUUAUGAGUAUAAAAGUGAUAAUCCGGCGUAUAAUUAAUUCAGGGUCAAACCCACCAUAACACCGAGUUAGACCCCCCUCCAGAGAUGAAUGUUGCAGACCGCUUGCUUCUCUAGUUAUACCAACUUUAGUAACGACCGCAGGAUAGCAAUACACAGCAGUCUGAGGAGCCAUAAACAAACCUCAACCAAAACACCACUCUAUAGCCACAAAUAAUGCUCAGAACAGCACCUAACUUCAUCAACAGGACAUAUAGACCUAAGGCCAAUCCAUCACAGACUACAGCGGGGUGACGCAGCUCAAGGAAGAACAUUUAUGAUAAUUUCUUUAUCAUUUCCUUGAAGUAAUAAUCACCAUAUUAAUCAUUUUACAGACGCAGUAGUUCUUCUGUCUUAGCGUCUCGGUCUGAUUGUAUUUCCAUGAAGAAAUGAUCAUAAAUGUUCUUCCUUGAGCUGCGGCACCCCGCUGUAGUCCGUAAUGAACUGGCCUGAGGUCAUCCGUGAACUGCUCUAGACAAAAGCUAUGUGCUAUUACCAACCUCUCAAAUGUAUCAGCUACAUUUCACAUUCAUAAAGCCAAAGAUUUUAAACUAUCACCAUCUUUGAAGGUUUCAAAAAUCAAAACAGUUUCCUAUAGGCUAUAACAAAAAAAUAAAGAAAUAAAAAAAAUGAAGAAAUUUAAAAAAUAAAUAAAUAAAACUUAAAAAGAAAAUUAAAAAAUGGCAUCAAAUGAAAGUGAAAAGUAUAGAAAUGAAAAACAAAAGAAAAGAAAAGAAAAGGGUUAAAUAAACUUAAAAAGAAGAGAAAAUAUAAGAUUGAUGAUAAUUAUCUAUGUAUUAUCAUAAUUAAUGUAACUAUUAUUCCAUCAUUAUUAGUAAUUAGAUGAGGAAUUUGAUUAUAAACUCCAAAACAUGUGGUUUCAAACUCACAUUUUAACUUUUUGUUUGUGAGAUUCAAAACUUUUAGAUAUAAGUUUAACACUUUUUUUUUUUACACAAAUAAUAUGAUACAUAAAAUCUCACUCAGUACAAACACAUGAACACACAUACACACACACACACACACACACACACACACACACACACACACACACACACACACACACACACACAUACACAGUGUGUAUUUUGAAGCAGAGUGAAAUCAGAGGAGGAUCAGACAGAAGAACGCCUCCUGUUUACCCGUCUUCCUGUUUACCUGCACAGGUGAAGUCAGAAAGUGACAGAGACCAGCGAGAGAAGAGAUUUCAGCAGAGAUGAAUAAAAUCAGGAGGUGGUUCAAGAAACCAAACAAGGUAAAAAAGAUUAACAUAUAUAUAAUAUUGAAGUAUAUGAUUUAAAUUUAUAUAUGGUGGUUUUAAAAUCAAAAGAAUUAAACAGAUUUUAAAGUUAAAAAAGAAAAGUUAUUUUCAAGAGUUCAAAUGUUGUUGAAAUUUACAAUAAUGAUUUUUAUGAAUACACAAAUUAAAUCAACAAUGUAAAUAAAUGUUAAAAACAUAAUGAUCAUCUUUAUUAACUGUUUAUAAAAACUCAUCGCUCUGUCAUUUAUCAGCUCAUAAGAAGAGGAGAGAAAACAUUUACACUGAAAAACUGCUCAGUCAGUGACUGGAGAUAAUGAUGUUAAUAACUGAGUAAAUAAUGAAGAAAAUUUACAUUUUAAAAGAAUAAUUAUUAAGAAAGUAAUUAAAAAAAUACAUUAUUUGUAAUAGUAAUUGAAGUAGUAUCACCAAUGCUGAAAAGAUAUUAAAAAAUUAUUGUCACAUAUGAUUAUAAAAACAUCAAACAUUAUUAUUGAUUAUAAUAAAAUCAAGUAUAAAAAUAUAAUUUAUUAAAUGGAAGAAAAUAUUUUUUUUUGUUAUUUUUUUCAGUGUUUCUGAUUUUAUUUAUUUAUUGUUUUUUGUUUUUUUGAUUCUGUGAGUUUCAGACCGUCUCUGACUUUGAUUCAAAGUGGUCUGGUUGUUCUGGUCUGGACCUCUUUAGGUGGACUCAUAUAAUUUAAAUCAGACAUUAAUUAAGAUUUAUGACGAAUCAGUCUGUUUCAUUAUCAUCAUUAUCGUCAUCAUCCUCACAGACAUGCAGUGAGACAGUCGAACAGCUGAGACCUGCAGGUGAACAGAGAACACCUGUCUGACAGAGUCCUGAUCCCACUGAACUGAACUGGUUUCACUGGAGUCCUGGUGCUGGUUUCUUCAGUUACUAAAACAAUGCUUCGUGUCCUUUAUCGGCUCCUGUACCUGUCCUCAGGCACCUUUAAUGUAAGACUCUUUAAGUAUCAAAAGAAACCCGAAACCAGAAUCUGGGACCUGAGGAUCAACAGGAGCUCACAUGAAACCAUCAAAAAGAGUCCAUGUGAGACGGUAACAUGAGCCGACAUGGGCCUUUUAAACCUGCAUGAGUCCAUGUGAGACAAACAUGAGACAAAAUUUAGACUGUUGACCACCAAGAGACCACAAAACCACAAAGAGUCCACAUCAAUCUAUCUGGACUGUUUUGGUCCUGAGGUCAGGGCGUCCACUUACUUUUGGCCAUGUGAUGUUUCGCAGCUGAAACAGCGCCCUGUUGUCUACAGCGGGGUGCCGCAGCUCAAGGAAGAACAUUUAUGAUCAUUUCUUCAUCAUUUCCUUGAAGUAAUAAUCACCAUAUUAAUCAUUCUACAGACGCAGUAGUUCUUCUGUCUUAGCGUCUUGGUCUGAUUGUAUUUCCAUGAAGAAAUGAUCAUAAAUGUUCUUCCUUGAGCUGUGGCACCCCGCUGUAGUCUAUAAUGGACUGGCCUGAGGUCUCGCUACAAACAAGCGUCUGCUGGAAGAGAGUAGGUGAGUUGUGUUUAGUCUCUUUGUUAAAGAAAUGAGUCAAAGUUAAAAAGAUGUUUGGUGUCUAGUACUAUGUCUGAGACCCUAUAUGUCCUGUUGAUGAAGUUAGGUGCUGUUCUGAGCAUUAUUUGUGACUAUAGAGUGGCGUUUUGGUUGAGGGCGUGGCUCUCUGUAUUGCUAUCCUGCGGUCGUUACUAAAGUUGGUAUAACUAGAGAAGCAAGCGGUCGACAACAUUCAUCUCUGGAGGGGGGGUCUAACUCGGUGUUACGGUGGGUUUGACCCUGAAUUAAUUUUACGCCGGAAUAUCCCUUUGAAUGGUUUAUCGAUUAUCAUUAAUUUCAGUUUGAUCUUCAGCUUUUAAAAUGAAAUUUAAAAUCAAUCACGACUGUUAAACAUUUAAAACAUGAGAACACCAUUUUUUCAUUUCUGCAAUUUUCUUUCCAUUCAAACAGGAAGUAGAAAACCCGUCUGGGGUUCCGCCUCCAACCCCUCCGUCAACACGUGAAACCUUUUAUGAUGACUCUGUCGUCAUGGAGAUACUAAGCCCCGCCUCUCAGGGCCUGUCUGCUCCUCUGUUGGACCUCAGGUAAUGAUGUUUCAACAUCUUUUAACGAUGAGAUACCUGUCAGCGGUCGUCUAAAUAUUCCACAAAAGCACCUGUCACCUGUUAUUUCACUCUUACAGUGUUAGCCACACCUGUAACCGAUCAUCUCUCACCUGAAAGGAUCUAUGAUACCUGUUACUGUCACGUGUAACUGAGCAUGCCCACUGUCACUUAUCACCUUUUACCUGUGCUUCCACCUGUCUCCUGUUACUGCGCCUGUCAAGUGUCAUUAGUCAUCUGAUACUCUUACCUGCUACUUUCACCUGUACCUGUGACCUGUCAUGUCUCACCUGUGACCUGUGACCUGUCAUGUCUCACCUGUACCUGUGACCUGUCAUGUCUCACCUGUACCUGUGACCUGUCAUGUCUCACCUGUACCAAUGACCUGUCAUGUCUCACCUGUUACCUGUGACCUGUCAUGUCUCACCUGUGACCUGUCAUGUCUCACCUGUACCUGUGACCUGUCAUGUCUCACCUGUGACCUCUCAUGUCUCACCUGUUACCUGUCAUGUCUCACCUGUGACCUGUCAUGUCUCACCUGUGACCUGUCAUGUCUCACCUGUGACCUAUCAUGUCUCACCUGUACCUGUUACCUGUCAUGUCUCACCUGUACCUGUCAUGUCUCACCUGUACCUGUUACCUGUCAUGUCUCACCUGUGACCUCUCAUGUCUUACCUGUGACCUGUCAUGUCUCACCUGUACCUGUUACCUGUCAUGUCUCACCUGUACCUGUUACCUCUCAUGUCUCACCUGUACCUGUGACCUGUCAUGUCUCACCUGUACCUGUUACCUGUCAUGUCUCACCUGUACCUGUGACCUGUCAUGUCUCACCUGUGACCUGUGACCUGUCAUGUCUCACCUGUGACCUGUCAUGUCUCACCUGUACCUGUGACCUGUCAUGUCUCACCUGUGACCUCUCAUGUCUCACCUGUGACCUGUUGACCUUUUCAAACAUUUCUCUGGUUUAUAUUUAAGAAGUUUUUUCAUUUUCAUUCUUUCAGCUGUGGACGUCCUGCACAGCCUUUCUUCAAGGGGACAGAGUCCUUCCCCUCCUCUCCUCAUCCAGGGGGGAGGAGCCUCCCCUGCUCUCUCCCUUGCUCCCCCUUGCUGAGGGGGAGACUCUGGAGAUCCUCCUCUCCUUCCUCCAACUUCUCCUCAAGUUUGUCCCGACUCUGGGUGGAGGAAGCUCUGCAGAGAAGCAAAAACCUCAGACAGAGUGAUCCCCACCCCCACCUGACAUGUUCCACCCAGGUGAGGCAGGAGGGGGAGGAGGAGGGAGCUGAGGGGAGACAGGGGGAGACACCAGCAGAGGAAGAACAAGACGGGUGGAGUGAUGGAGGCGAGGAAGGGGAUGAAAAGGUGGAGACUGUGAGUUCUGUUGGCAUACGGAUGUCCGAUACAGUCAUCUUCAGACCUGUGAGCUCCACCCUUCUCUGUGGGGGAGACAAGAGCGAGGAGGAGGAGGAGGAGGAGAAGGAGGAAGAUUCACAGCACCUGAGUUUGGACUCUGACCUGUGGAGGUACUGUCUGCUGAGUCCGUGUGUCUGUGAGAGGUGAGACCGAUGAUUAUCUGGAGAAAAGAAUCAGGAUAUACUGUGAGAAUGAAGAUGAUGGAAACUGUGAUGGUGAAGAUGAUGGAGAUGAUGACAGUGAUGGAGAUAAUAAUGGUUAUAGUGAAGAUGAUGAUGAUAAAGAUUUUGCUGAAAAUUAUGACGAUAACAAAGAUGAAGAUGAUGGUGAAGGUGAUAAUCAAGAACAUAUAAGCAUGAUAAUGGUGAAGGUGAUGAUGAUGAUGAUGAUGAUGAUGAUGAUAAUAGUUCGGAUGAUAAUAAUGUUGAUAAAGAUCAUAUUAUCAGGAUGACGGUGAAGAUGAUAAUGCUUUAUAUUAUAAAGUUGAACAUAAACAGUGAUAAAGGUCAUGCUGAUGAUAUGAUAGUUAUGAUGCUGAUGAUGUUUAAUUAGUCUGUGUUUGUUUUGAUCCUCAUCUUCACUUUUAUCCAUCAUUACUGAUAAUUCAUGAAUGAAACAGUCUUUAUCUUUCUCCUCAUCGUGUCGUCAGUCUGGUUUCCUCUCAUCUUCUCCUCAGGUGUCCCAGUGCUCCUCCGUUUGAAGCUGAACUCGUCUCAGCCGCAGACUUGAAGACCUUUUCUUCACUGAGCUCGGAGGGUUUCACUCAGAGUUUAACUCAGAGGAUGGAGGGGGACAGUGAGCUCAGGUUACCCACAAACACGACUCCUCAGCUGGGGAAGAGCUCCUCUCUGUACCCCAGUCUGAGUCUGUGGAGGAGCACACCUGGACAUCAGGUAAGACAGCUCCACAUCAAACUUGACCUUGAAUCUUCUUCACCUGUUCUUAUCUUUGAGUUUCAGGUGCUGAGAUACUUCCAUGUGACCAAAAUCAGCCAAUCAGCGAUCAGCAGCUCAGAUCCUGAAUGAUCUUGUUGUCUUUAAAUCACACCUGAAACUCUGCUCACCUGUAGAGACCUUCAGAGACGCUGCUUUGUAACUUUUCUCCUCACACUCAACAGAACCAGGAAGUGAACACCUUUCACUGUGAGCUGGACCACAAACCUGAGCAGCCCUGUUACCAUGGCAACAAAGCAGACGCUUACCUGCAGCAGCUCAUAGGUGAACAAGAGUGAUCGUGUACAGACACAGCAAAAUAAAACAAGACUAAUUCUGUCUCCGCAUGUCCACCAAUAGUCCUCACCUGUCCUCACCUGUCCUCACCUGUCCCUGCCUACACAUGACCUGUGAAUUCCUGUCCAUCAUAUGAACAUUAUCUGUCUCCUCUAGACCUCACCUGUCCCUACUUGUCUCCUGUCUCCUUUCUGCGCAUCACCUGUCUGUACCUGUCUCUGUGUAACAGGUGAGCCUCAAACCUGCUCUUGUGAAGAUUUGAAGUUGAUUCUUCAGAAGGUGUUUGACUCCGCCCCCUUCCUUCCAAGGACAGGUGAGCGUCUUAAAGCACCCUGACACAAUCACCUGAGUCCAGGUGUCCUUCAGGUGAGCUCAGUAACUCAUCUUAUCGUUCAUGUUUCUGCAGUUUGUUGUGAUGAAUCCUGCAGCUCCUGUUCCAAACUCAGAGACUCUGAACGCCUCUGCAGGAACUGUAAGCAGGUCAACUCUCACCUGAGUCUGAAGGUGUGUGGUUCCUCAUUAGAACAGGGCUGUCUGGUUUAUUCCUUCACAGCAGAAUUAGGCAUUAAAAUCAGAACGUAAGAGUCUCAUGUGAGGCUGAUUUUGACUCGGUCGGAGUCUAAGAUCAGCUGUUUCAGGUAAACAAAUGAGAGAAAACGUUUAAAAUUGAACAUCAAGAGAAGGUGGAAACUGAACGCCUGUUUUUUUUGUCUGUUUUGUGUGUUGUAGGAGUUGUGCGGUCACUCUGUGUGUGUUUUUGUGUCUCUGGAUUCAUCGGCUGGAUCAGACUGA